AUGACGAUCCAGAAGGUUCACGGGCGCGAGGUUCUCGACUCGCGCGGCAACCCCACCGUGGAGGUGGAGGUGACGACGGAGCUGGGCGUGUUCCGCUCAAUCGUUCCCUCCGGUGCGUCGACCGGUGUCCACGAGGCGUGUGAGCUGCGGGAUAAUGACAAGAGGCGCUACUUGGGCAAGGGUUGCCUGCACGCGGUGAAGAAUGUGAACGACGUCCUGGCGCCCGCCCUCGUGGGCAAGGACGAGCUGCAGCAGGCGCUGCUGGACCAGCAGAUGUGCGACCUUGACGGGACGGCAAACAAGAGCCGGCUCGGCGCAAACGCGAUCCUCGGCUGCUCCAUGGCGAUCAGCAAGGCGGCAGCGGCGCGCAAGGGCGUCCCGCUGUACCGGUACCUUGCAGAGCUGGCCGGCUCGAAGGAGAUCCGUCUCCCUGUGCCCUGCUUCAACGUGAUUAACGGCGGCAAGCACGCGGGCAACGCGUUGCCCUUCCAGGAGUUCAUGAUUGCGCCAGUGAAGGCCUCCUCCUUCAGCGAGGCGCUCCGCAUGGGCUCGGAGGUGUACCACGCACUGAAGAGCAUCAUCAAGAAGAAGUACGGCCAGGACGCGGUGAACGUGGGUGACGAGGGUGGCUUUGCUCCCCCGAUCACGGACAUCAACGAGCCGCUACCGAUCCUCAUGGAGGCGAUUGAGCACGCCGGACACAAGGGCAAGUUCGCCAUCUGCAUGGACUGCGCUGCCAGCGAGACGUACGACGAGAGCAAGAAGCAGUACAACCUGACCUUCAAGAGCUCCGAGGCCACCUGGGUGACGGCAAAGCAGCUGGGCGAGACGUACGCCAAGUGGGUGGGCGAGUACCCCAUUGUGAGCAUCGAGGACCCGUACGACCAGGACGACUUUGAGGGCUUUGCCGGACUCACUGAAGUUCUCAAGGGCAAGGCUCAGGUUGUCGGCGACGACUUGACUGUGACGAACGUGGCACGCAUCAAGACGGCUAUCGAGAAGAAGGCGUGCAACUCGCUGCUGCUCAAGAUUAACCAGAUUGGCACCAUCACGGAGGCCAUCGAAGCCUCCAAGCUCUGCAUGGCGAACGGCUGGUCGGUGAUGGUGUCGCACCGCAGUGGCGAGACGGAGGACACGUACAUCGCGGACCUUGUGUGGGCCUCGGCUCUGGUCAGAUCAA